AUGCCAUAUGCUGGAACUAAAAAGUGCACACUUUCUGACCUUGAACAUGAGCAGGAACAACUCAACAAAGACAUAGAAGUGCUUCGGCAGGGGAAAAACACAUUGUAUCAGGAUCGCAUCCAUGACCGAAUACCGUGUCCACAGGACUGUGUGGAUCAUCAUGAUCAUGGCUUCUCACUACAUGAAGCCAUGAAAAUUGCUGAAGAAGAUAUGCCUCUUGUGCAACUUGGAAUGAUGGAAAGCGAUAUUGUUAAAGAACAUGAAUGGCUCAAAAAUGAUUAUGAAGAGGCCUGGCCUGUGCAGGUGAGAGGACUGGCAAGUUCAAAUAGGAAUCUCCCUCGGAAUCGAAGGGGAAUCAAUGUUGCAACACUGAAUGGCACAAGUGAUAGUGACACUGAGCUGGGGAGCAACCAGUCUAGAUUAGGAGAUGACCAUGUGAAAUCAGAUGAGACCUGCCUCAAGGUUGAUGGCCAUAGUGAAUCGGAUGAAGUCUAUGACAGUGAUGAACAUGUGGAAAACCCAAAGUUUCCUCGAAAGGUGCCAAAGAAAGGAACAAAGAGGGCAGGGCAAUCCCAUGCUGAUUUGACAAGACACUGCACCCAAGUAAACCAUCAAGUCAAGGGUCAUCUUCGUACCAGUCAUCACAGCGACAACAUCUCUGAUGAAGAUGAGAGCAACAGUGAUGAUCAGCGUGGCAUGAGUCAUGCAAGUGGAGAUGAAACCGAUGACAUGUCAAAAUCUACUGCAACUCUAGCCAAAGGCACAUCUUUAUUCUUACCCUCAUCGCAUCCCCUUCCAAAAAAAACUGGGCCCCUUAUUGAGAAUGAGCUUGAGCACAGUAGCAAAGGCACUAUGACAACAUGCUGGCACAAGACAAGGGAAAGUUCUGAGCCUUUGGUGCUCCUGGCAUCCAGUCCCUCUGGUUCCUCCGAGGCUUAUAGCAUAACUUGGUCUCACAUCCCUGCCUCCGCAUCCUCUGCAUAUUUUGCAUCUUCCAUAUUCUGCACAUCUUCCACAUCCGGACCUCUGCCCACCUCUACACCCUCUGCACCUCUGCCACUCCUGGUUGACCUGGUGAAAUUGGCAGUGUGGUUGGGCAUGGGAAUUUGGCUUGGGACUGUCGGGAAUGAUGGGGAAAAUAUGGAAAAAUAG